AUGGAAUUUGCAAGCGAUAGUGAAGAAAGAAAGUCAAAUGGAUGUAAUGAAGAUUAAAAUCUUUAAAAUAUCUAAGUGGAAGAAAUAUAGAGAAACUAAUAGAGCUCAAAUUAAAGUAAUUCGUAUGUCUAAAACUCUUAAAUGGAAAUACAGAAAGAAAACUUGUAAGAAGACAUUCCGUCUUGGAAUCUUACUUAAGUUGCUCCAUAAAAAAUUGAAGAGUAACUUUAAAGCUAAUUAUAAGACCUUCUUAAAUAACUAGAUUUAGAAAAUGAAAGCUACAUUUAAUCUGAGAUCUAAGAUACACUUGAUGAAAUUGAAAAUUGUAAAAAGAGAAAUCAACAAAAUAAAUUACUUGAAAAAUAAGACUCCCUUUAAAAACUGAGAUAAGCUGAAUAAUUUGUAUAAAAAUUAAAAGAUUUGGAGUAAUAAACUGAAGGUUCCUAAAAUUAAACUUAAUAAUAAUAACUUGAAAGUUAAUUAAAUUUACUUCUUAAUGAGUUAGAGUUAGACGAUGCAAAACUAAUAAUAGAAGAAAUAGAAGAAGUUAAAGAUCUGAUUGAAAAGUAAACUAGUAGAAAUUAGCUAAAAAAGGUAUCUGAAUCUAAACAAAGACUUGCUAAGUUAGAUUAAGCCCAGGCAAAGUACAAUGAAUUACGAACAUUAAAAGGAGAAACUGUACUUGAUUAAAAUUAAGUUAAAUUAUAAUAAUUAGAAGAAAAAUUGAAAACUUUCCUGUAAGAACUAGGUUUAGAAAAUGACAUUUAAGCUGAGAUCUAAGACACACUUGAUUACAUUGAAAGUUGUCAAAAGAGAAAUUAACAAAAUAAAUCAUAAACUGAAGGUUCCUAAAAUUAAACUUAAUAAUAAUAACUUGAAAUUUAAUUAAAUUAACUUCUUAAUGAGUUAGAAAUAGAAGAAGUUAAAGAUCUGAUUGAAAAGUAUACUAGCAGAAAUUAGCUAAAUUAGGUUUCUAAAUCUAAAAAAAGACUUGCUUAGUUAGAUUAAGCCCAGGCAAAGUACAAUGAAUUACUAACAUUAAAAGGAGAAACUGUACUUGAUUAAAAUUAAGUUAAAUAAUAAUAAUUAGAAGAAAAAUUGAAAACUUUACUGUAAGAACUAGAUUUAGAAAAUGAAAGCUACAUUUAAGCUGAGAUCUGA